AUGGCCGAAACUGUUGCAAAGAAGCUCAAGACCUCCUCCCCCUUGAUCGGGACUCACAACGGCCACUUCCACGCCGACGAAGCUCUGGCCGUCUACCUGCUCCGUCUCUUGCCCACCUACGCCUCCUCCCCACUCGUGCGCACCCGCGAUCCCGCCCAGCUGGAAGAAUGCCACACCGUCGUCGAUGUCGGCGGUGUCUACGACGCCGCCAUCAACCGCUAUGAUCACCACCAGCGGACCUUCUCCACCUUCUUCCCCAAGCAUGAGACCAAGCUCUCCUCCGCCGGUCUGGUGUACAUGCACUUCGGCCGCGCCAUCAUCGCCCAACACCUAUCCCUGCCCGAAGACCACGCGGACGUCGACCUACUGUACGAGAAGCUGUACACCGACUUCAUCGAAGCCAUUGACGCCAAUGACAACGGCAUCUCCGCCUACGAUCCCGCCGCCCUGUCCGCCGCAAACCUAGAGAAGCUCUUCAAGGACGGCGGCGUCACCUUCGCCUCCAUCGUGAACGACAUGAACAACCCGGACCCGACCAGCCCGCCCGGUGAGCCCCAGGAUGAGGACUCUCUCUUCGGCCGCGCUAGUACCUUGAUCGGAAACGUUUUCGCCCGCAAGCUGCACCAGGCUUGCAACUCAUGGAUGCCCGCUCGCACAACCGUCGGCAAUGCUUACAAGUCUCGCGCCGAGGCCCACUCGUCCGGCCGUAUCUUGAUCUUGCCCCAGGGCGGCGUUCCCUGGAAGGAACACCUGUACAACUUCGAGCAGGAGGCGGAGGCUGCCGGUGCGGAGCAGGUUUACUACGUUUUGUAUCCUGAGAGUGCGGCUGAGGAUGCUAAGUGGCGCGUGCAGUGUGUCUCGGAGUCUGAGGGUAGCUUUGUCUCCCGUAAGCCUCUUCCUGAGGCGUGGCGCGGCGUGCGCGACCAGGACCUUGAUGGUGUUAUGGCUACUGAGGCUGAGAAGGCUGGCCAGGAUAAGUUGCCUGCUGGUGCGGUCUUUGUUCAUGCUAGUGGUUUCAUUGGUGGUCAUAAGACCAAGGAGGGUGCUAUGGCUAUGGCUGUUCGUAGCUUGGGCCUGUAG